UCCUGUCAUCCAUAGACCGAUUUUUUUUUCUUAGGUUACUAGCAUAAUGAUAAAAGCUGUAUUAGUUUUCAAUAACCACGGAAAACCGCGGGUUUCCAAAUUCUACCAGCAUUUCCCAGAGGACACACAACAGCAAAUUAUACGGGAGACCUUCCAUUUAGUCUCAAAAAGAGAUGACAAUGUGUGCAAUUUCCUGGAAGGAGGAACGCGCUUGAACAGUUUAAUUGGAGGUUCUGAUUACCGGUUAAUUUACAGGCAUUAUGCUACUCUAUACUUCGUAUUCUGUGUGGACUCCUCAGAAAGUGAAUUAGGAAUUCUUGACCUGAUUCAGGUAUUUGUGGAAACCUUAGACAAAUGUUUUGAAAAUGUUUGUGAAUUAGAUUUGAUAUUCCACGUAGACAAGGUGCACUACAUUUUACAAGAAAUGGUAAUGGGGGGAAUGGUUCUAGAAACAAAUAUGACAGAAAUACUAACAAGGAUAGAGGAACAAAGUAAAAUUGAAAAAUCUGAGGCUGGCAUAGCAGGUGCUCCUGGCAGAGCUAUAUCAGCAGUCAAAGAAAUGAACUUACCACAGAAAAUCAAGGAUAUCAAACUGCCAGAUCUCCCAUCAAUAGGAUCCCUCAAGUUCUAGUGUGGAACUGUUCAUAGUCCAUGGUCUGAUCCCAUGGGACUGUUUAACUAGUUUGGUUAGGGAUAUAUCA